AUGUGGCCCUUCAGGAAGCCGAAGCCUGACUGGAAGGCCUGCCCCGACUGGCGCGAUCGAUACGACUUUGUUGUCAAGGGCACUGCCGACAGGAGCCCGGCCAAAGCCCGCCCCCACAUCGUUUCUGCUCCCUACGAGCCCUCGAGGCCGGUCCUCUACUAUCACAGGAUCCGCUUCCGUUCAACGACCCACCGUCUCCGAGCAGCUUUGAGGGGUCAGAAGUACCGGUUCCACUUCACAGCUUUCGUGUACGACGAGCCAGAGCUGGGUCAGUGCACUGUCGCGCGGGAGGAGCUCUGCCAGGCAUUCACGGCUCUCGUGCAGGCAUGGCACAAGUUUCUGCGCCACUAUGCCGAGUUUGAGUAUGCCUGUAACACGUACCCGUUCAAGGGUUCGCCCUCGAAAUCUGCCCAGCUGGAGGAUAUGGCAGACAUUCUCACGGGCGGAGAGGGGCUGGGUCGGUUCUGCGUCCUGGUUCCCGAUACAUGGCUUCGUCUCCUGUCCGCAGCGAACUACUUCGGCCAGUACCUCAACUUCCUAUCCGAUAUAGAGGACAGAGGAAAGCUCCCUCCGGGAUGGAGACGAUACCCCGGUCCCAUGGAGGAAGCAAGCGUGCGACUGAAGGCCACCGGAUGCUAUCGCAUGAAGGUCUGCAAGGGGACGAUCGACGACUACGUCUUCCGCGCCACACGCAUCAUCAACAGCGACAAGCCGAGUAGCUUGCCAGUGGAUGAGACGCUCGAGCUGCUCCGCGACAUGACCCGGCGGGCUCUGCGGUACAAAGGUUACAGUGAUGAGAACAUUGACGGCAUUUUCGCCGAGGCAGAGGAAUGUCCCACCUCCUUUGUACCGCACACCCGGCUCUUGGACGUUGUGCCGAGCAGGCCACGCAAACCUUGGGAGAAGUACUUUGAUCGUGUCGAUCCUGGUUCUGAACCGGCCAAGGAACACCCUUCCGUUCUGCCUGCCACUCCUCCAGAGAACGCAAGUCCGCGCAAAUCGGAUAUUGAACCUCCUCCUUACAUGUGGCGUGACUUGUAG